CCCCUCUGCCCCCGCCGGUCGUUUGGGCUCCCUCCCGAUGCUAUAAGUUGACGGCCUCUCCUCGCAACCCAUCCAUCCCAAUCCUCGCUCACUCAUCGCUCUCAGUCUCACUCUCACUGCCGCUAGCUGCUCACUCUCGCCACCUGCCGAUCCGCUUCGUCCUCGGUAGCUAGCCUCAGGAGCAGUCGUUCAUCAUGUCGGCCGCGUCCCUUGACCAGAAACUCGCCCUCGCCAAGCGCUGCUCGAGAGAGGCGACACUCGCAGGAGCCAAGGCAGCAGCUGUAGCGACCAUCGCCUCUGCGAUCCCCACCAUGGCGAGCGUGCGGAUGCUGCCAUGGGCGAAGGCCAACAUCAAUCCCACCGGCCAGGCCCUCAUCAUCUCCACAGUUGCUGGGAUGGCAUACUUCAUCGCCGCCGACAAGAAGAUCCUGUCGUUGGCGAGGCGGCACUCGUUCGAGAACGCCCCGGAGCACCUCAAGAACACCUCCUACCAGGGCGCCGGCCGUCCCCACCCGGCUUUCUUCAGGCCUUGAUGGGCUCACAAGUCACAACCAAGACUUGUGCUGCCGUGUAUGUUUGGAUGCAACAAUAAGCAGGCCCCUGCAGUGCAGACCUCUGCUAAGCUUAAUAGCAUAGCUUCUGCCUUCUGCAGAGCGGCGUAGUCUUUGAAUACUGUCAGUGUAACUUCUAUCACGGCAAUGAAAUACUACUAGUUCUUGUCUGUA